GUCUAUUGUUUUUUAUUUUGAGACAGGAUAUUCUUAUCUGCAGGGCUCAAACAAAAAAACCUACAUAUCCAACAUGUGAAAAAAAAUGCAAAAAAGGAAAAAACCCUCCUAAUGUUUUAAGUAAGUUUAUGAUUUAUUCCUGCUUAUAGCUGGGUCAGAUGCAAGCAGUUGGUUGGCCAACACAUCUAGCUAGCUUGUGCCACCACACCCUAGCUGGAGGACAUUGGUGUUUGAUUUGCGUUAUAAACCUAGAAGAAGAUUUGGGUGUAGUUCAGUAGUUGUCAUUCAACAGAUGGUUGCUACAGGAAAGAGCAAAUGAUUAAGCAAAAAAGACACCGGAUGACUAAGGACACAGGAAAACACUCUAGUAUACUAGACAUCAGCGUGAAAAAUGACCUGGCAUAAUGUAAACACCAAGAUUCCAGAACUCUGAUCAAAGCUACAGAGAUGUGGCUUUAAGCCUCUACUGGUUCUUUUGUUUUAGAUAAAGAUUCCUGUUGCCUUUGGUCCUCUUGACAUUUCAGUCUACACUUGCACAUUUACUUCAUUGACCACAUAAUCAUUUUCUGCCUCGGACUCUAUGUGGAGCUCCUCACCCACUAGUUCACGUUUUGCACGGGCUACGAGUUAAAAUACCGUUCUGAAAAUAGCCAUUUGGCCUCCAAUAAACAACUUCCCCAUCACAGCAUCCCUAGAAUUUACUUACUGAACAGAGAUAAAGGAUAAUAAUAAGAGAGUGUAACUGUGCACCAAAUAGCCUCAGAACCUUAAAUAUACUCCUAGAGGCCUAGCUUUUUAAAUUUGUCUCUACUGCAUAGAUUAAUAAGGAGAAAUGCUCCUAAUGAAUAGAGACUUAAAAGUACCCAAACACUACCUGUGCUGCUAAAUUGAUGGGAUUGCUGGUAAAUUUUACAUCUUUUAACAGUUUUUUUUCUUUGUGUUUUGUCAUUUUGUUUUCUGCUCUCAAGAUCUCCUUGCUCCUGUCUGCCUAGUUCUAGGUGGUAAAUGGCAGUGGGCCCCCAGAGCAGGCCCUCAAACGGAAGUUAUGUGUGCGUGUAUGUAUAUGUGUGUGAUCACGCAACUGUAAAACCUGGCUCAGCACAACAGGAAAUUGUUCCGCAACAUCUGGAAAAGAGAAGCAAACCAAAAUGCUCUGGCCGACCCAGCCCACACUCCACCCAAACGAGGAGUCUGCGAAGGCGGGGAGAUCCCGCUAAACUGAGAGGCCAGUGCUCCGCCCACGGAAACAAAUCCUUCAGGCGGCCAAUCCGCAAUCCUAUGUAAAUGACAAGGGGGCGUGGUUAGAGGGACGCCCGCUGUGGGCAGAGCCACUGCGGAAGCAGAGACGUAACCGAGGGUAGUACUGAUUGGCUGGCACGUAGGUGGGCGGGGCCUGCAGGCAGACCCGCCUCGCCGAAGGGUGGUGCCUGAGUUAGGAAGAACGCUGAGCGCCGCACCGCUGGCCCCAGGGGCGGAGCCGGAAGCGGGGCGUUGAGGUCUCCACCUCCUCGUCCGUGAGUCGGCCGUUCCCCCGCUUCUGUUCCUAGUCCCCCCGAAGUCACAGCCUGAUUCCCGGAGGCCCGAACCCUUAGCCUGGGCGGGGUGGCGCGGGCCGGAAGGACGCCAUCCCGGCCUCGGCCAUGGAGGCUCCCGCACCGUCCCUCACGGAGGAGGAUUUGACUGAAGUGAAGAAGGACGCUUUAGAGAAUUUACGUGUUUACCUGUGUGAGAAAAUCAUAGCUGAGAGACAUUUUGAUCAUCUACGUGCAAAAAAAAUACUAAGUAGAGAAGACACGGAAGAAAUUUCUUGCCGAACUUCAAGCAGAAAACGGGCUGGGAAGUUGUUAGACUACUUACAGGAGAACCCCAGGGGCCUGGACACCCUGGUGGAGUCCAUCCGCAGGGAGAAAACACAGAGCUUCCUCAUUCAGAAGAUAACGGAUGAGGUGCUAAAGCUUCGGAAUCUAAAACUGGAGCACCUCAAAGGCCUGAAGUGCAGCAGCUGUGAGCCCUUUGCAGCUGGAGCCACCAACAACCUCUCUAGGAGCAAUUCAGAUGAGAGCAAUCUCUCUGAGAAACAGAGAGCAUCCACUGUCGUGUACCACCCGGAGGGAGAGUCCAGCACCGCUCCCUUCUUCUCUAUGGAGUCGUCAUCCCUGAACUUGCCAGUCCUGGAAGUUGGCAGGACUGAAAACAGCAGCUUCUCUUCAGCCACUCUUCCUCGACCUGGGGACCCUGGGGCUCCCCCUUUGCCCCCAGACCUUCGGUUGGAAGAGGGGGGAAGUUGUGGAAACUCAAGUGAGAUGUUCCUCCCCUUACGGUCACGGGCUCUUUCACGCCAGUGAUACAUCACCGCCUAGUUGUUUGACUAGUGAUGCAAAAUGCUGUGAAGGGUCUCAUCUUUCUAUACAAGCCGCGGUGACAGGUCACUCACAUUCCAUGCGUGCCUUUGCAAUCACAGUGCACACAUUCUCUGUAAAUAGGAUUUGUUAGGGUAAAGAAGCACUCUAGGGGCGGCGUGGUGUAAAUCAUGGUGGUCGUGACUUUUCCAUAAUGUCCUUUCUUUUUUAUUAAUUUUAGGUGUUUGCGUAUUUUGAACUUUUUAUAAGAUUAAUUUUAUCGGAAUAUUUCUCAAUUUGAGAAAACAACUUGUGGAUUGGGAAUGAUGUUUUUUAGCACAUUUAUGCUACAAAUUUUCGCUCUGAUUGCUUUUCCCACUGAUCUGGCAGUACAGUUUAGCAGUAAGCUAUUCUGUUUCAGGAAAGCUGGGCACCGGGAAAGCUGCUGCCGACACACUCAGGAGAGUGCCCCACUCCUUACUUCUGAGAAGCCGACAGGCUCUGAGGAGACACCUGGUGGCAUUGAGCCUGGUGACCUCAGUGGGCCAAAAUUUGAGUGUCUUACUUUCACAGGCUUUGAGUCCUCAGUCUUAUCUUAAAGGAUGUUAUCCUGGCAGGGCAUCACUUGUAAUUAAUGGAUAAUGCUUGUAAUUGACUAAAAUCCUUGCUCUGAGCCUUUUGUUCUGACUCCGAGAGCACUGCCAUGUGGAGCAUGGGUGAGCAACUAGAGGAACUGACAGGAUGUGUACAGUGGCCAGUGUGGCUUUAGUGUUUGCAUCAGGCAGCCACCAGCUCCAUCCAUGUUUUUACUGCGUUACAAAGUUUGACUAACUUUACACAUUUAAAAAAUGCUGAUUGUCUUCAUUUAAAUUAUAAUUUUACCUAUUUCUUGGCAUCUAACUCCUAUACAUUUCUAUUAUUUAAAAAUUAAGAAAUGAAAAUUUGCUAUUAACAAUAAAGUUUUUUUAAUGUA